AAAUGAUGGGCCACACAGCAUUUUGUUCAGCGGCGUUUUACUGCUUUAAUAUUUAGACAGAUGGAUUACACAACAGACGGUGAUUACAUAUCUUAUCUUUAAAGUGGCGACAAUAAUGUGAUAAAAAAGUAUCUUGAAUUGCAAAUACUGGUGAAUCCCACCAUGUAUUUUCAUCUGCAAAUUGUCGAAGGAUAUUCUACACAUGGGAACAGACUCCUAAAUGACUUGUUUAAUAAAAUCAACCAGAUGAAUGGUUGCCAUCUAUCCGAACUAAAUCCUGGAUACAUUGAUUAUAAUUAGAAAAAAAAAGAAGAAAAAAAAAGUGAGCUUACUUGAAAUAAAGAAAAGUUCAAAGUUUGCAGGAUUUGCCGUCUUUCCGUAAACAUGGAUUCUGACAACAAGACAUCUUCAAUUGUGAGUCCAGCCGUAUUGGGAAUGACUAUGGCAACAUGUGCGAUCGCUUUCGUUGUAAUCGUCGGUGGAAAUAUUCUGACGCUACUGGCAAUAUGGCGCACCGAGUCUUUGCGGACACAUUCCAACAUGUAUGUCGUGUCGCUAGCAGUUUCAGAUUUAAUCACAGGAGCUCUGAUUCCCACUGGUGUCUCUAUUCUGCAGGGCGUAUCUGACCUCCAUUACAAUAAAUAUCUGUGUUUAUCUCAAAUCGUAUUAACUUCAAGCAUCGCGGGGGUUUCGGUGGUAACAAUGACCUUGAUAGCAUUGGAUAGAUAUCUUUACAUUAAAUACCCUAUGAAAUACACAAUGGUCGUCAGCGGAAGAAAAGUUAAAAUUGUCAUCGGAUUAGCUUGGGUUGUAACAUUUCUUCUAAACAGUUUUAUGUUUUUUGUCAACAACUGGAGUGCUAAAGGGGGAUGUUUCGUCCUGAAAACAGCCCCUAGCACAUUUCGUGCCGGCUUCAUAUUUUUGUACGUCAUAAUCGGAUGUGUCCUGUGUAUUUUCUUCUACGGGAGCAUAUCCCUCGUGGCCAGACGUCAACAGAAGGCAAUCACUUCCGCAGCUGCGCACAACACGCCAGCCGUCACGAGAGCCAGCUGGCGACUGGUGAAGUUGUUUCUGGUUGUUUUCGGAAUUUUCUUCAUUUGCUGGAUACCAAUUUCAGUCACAUAUAUUUUCGAAGCAUUUGUCCAAGUUCCUCUUGUGGUGUCAUAUGUUGUAACUCCAUUGGUGUAUGUUAACGCAGCCGCAAAUUGUUUCGUGUAUGGAUGGUUUAACAGGGACUUCCGGCGUGCUUACAAAGGGAUAUUAGGAUAUUUCUGCAACUGUUGCAAAUGAAUUCUACAGUUACUAGCUGCAACCCAUGCUGAACACAGGAAC